ACGCCUGCACAUGAUGGCCAUCUCCCCCAUCGACACAUCACUCUCCUUCUCCCAGCCCUCCCUCCACCCCAUUCUCACCAUCGCCUACGCCCUGCCCCCACCCACCGACAGCUGUACCCCCGCCGCAUCAUUCGCCCUUACUUUUCCAGACGCGCUCUUUAUCGACCCCGAUGAGCUUGGAGGGAAGUGGCCUAUAGCAGCAGAGGAGGAUGAGAGUGGAUCUGAUGUGUGGACAUGGGCACUUGAACCGUCCUCUGUGGAUAUCGAGCGGCCCUAUCUGGGGAACUCUACGCACCACACCCUCCACAUUCGGCUGAAUCCAUCUGCGAAUAUCAAAGAGCAAGAGGUGCUCGAAGUCCCACUACAUGCGAGGUAUCUUACUCCGAGUGAUCAAGGGGAGCGGACGCUCGUGUUUCCCGGCGAGGACGGGAGUGAGCUCGCGGCGGGGUGGGUCUGCGCAGAGUCAUUGUCUGACAACGAAAAGGCUCUAGAACUCCCACUCGUUCAUCCUACGCCCAUAUCCCUGACAUUACCAACCGGCAAACACGCACACCAAGAACUUGUGGAGCUAGUCACGCCGGUUGUGAUCUGGUUGGGAUGGGCUUGGAUUAUGUGGAAGCUCUGGGGGUUGACGAAGCGAAGAACGAAAGUCAAGACGUUAUGAUUCACGAACACUAUCUGUAUACAUGUAUACUACAUUCACGACAAUCACCUACCAAUAGACCACCAUCAACCGACGACGAUAGCCAACUACUGUCGUACUCGCCGCCACUGCGCUCCGGAACGAGGGCGGGAGGGAAUAUACUCAAUGUCACA